AUGUUGGCCAAGGUGCUCCAAAAAGUUGAGUCAACUGAUGCAGGGGUGAAGGAGAUGAAAGGUGAUUUCUCCAGUAUGAGUCAACUAGUAGACUCCCACACCACCUCCAUAAAGCAAAUAGAGCAGCACUUGGGGCAGCUUUCAGCAUCACUAAAUCAAAGGAAGAAUGGGUCACUGCCUAGUGAUACUAUUCAAAAUCCUAAGAAGGACGGGCAUUGCAUGGCUAUCGCCACCAGGAGUGGUAAGAUUCUUAAUGACCCAAUUUUUAUAGGUACUGAGAAUGAACAGGUUGUGGAGCAAACUGGAAGAGAGGAGACCGAAGCUGAACAUGUAUAUGACUCGCAGGACGCUCAGCCAAUAGUGAAACAAACAAGAGCAACGGAGAAAGGAGUUGAGAGAAUUAUGCCUUUACAACAAAUUUCAAGACCACCUCCUCCUUUCCCUCAAAGGCUUAAAAAAAAGCCGAAGAUGGGAAAUUUUGCUAUUGCUACCAGGUCUCUAGUAAAGAAGGUGGAGGAUCCGGGUGCAUUCACCAUACCGUGCAGAAUCGGAUUAAUCGAAUUCACAAAGGCCUUGUGUGACUUAGGGGCCAGUAUAAACUUGAUGCCAUUGGCCAUCUACAAGCAACUGGGGUUAGGAGUUCCAAAACACACAUCAAUGAGGUUGAUGAUGGCAGAUAGGUCGAGGAAGCGACCCGUGGGCAUCUUAUGUGAUGUGCUCGUAAAGGUGGACACUUUCAUCUUUCAAGCAGACUUUGUGAUAUUUGAUUGUGAAGUGGAUUUUGAGGUUCCCAUAAUCUUGGGAAGACCAUUUAUAGCCACAGGAUGA